AUGUGGGCUUCCUGCUGUACCCACCGCCACCAUUGCCACCCGCUCGUCCACCACCUCCCCUUCUUCCCCACCCACCACGAACCCCCCCAUUUCUUCCUCUUCCACUGCGUCUACUCCUCCUUCCCCCGCCACCACCAUGCCGCCGCCGCCGCGGCGGCGCCGCUGCAUUCCGCCGCCCCGGCCGUCGGCAGCAACAAUCAUCUCAUCCAGUCCCUGUGCCGGCAGGGCAAUCUCAAGCAGGCGCUGCGGCUGCUGGCGAAGGAACCGAACCCGACACAGCGGACCUUCGAGGCCCUCAUCCUCUCCUGCGCACGCCGCCGUGGCGACGACGCGCCCUCCCUUGGCGUGGCCGUCCACCGCCGCCUGGUCGACGACGGCUUCGACCAGGACCCUUUCCUCUCCACCAAGCUCAUCGACAUGUACUCGGAGUUCGGCGCCGUCGCCGACGCCCGCCAGGUGUUCGAGGAAACGUGCGACAAGACCAUCUUCGUCUGGAACGCGCUGCUGAGGGCCCUCGCCGUGGCCGACGAGGGGGAGGAGGCCUUCCCGCUCCUGCGGAAGAUGGUGGCCGCCGGAACCCUGCCCGACAGCUUCACCUACUCCUGCAUGCUCAAGGCCUGCGUGGGCAUGUCCUCUCACCUCGCCCUUGCCCCCACAAGGAUCAGGGAGCUCCACGCCCACGCCCUCCGCCAUGGAUUCGUCCCCCGAGUUCACGUCGCCACCACACUGCUCGACGUCUAUGCGAAGAUCGGGGACAUCGCCUACGCACGGAAUAUGUUUGACGAUAUGCCCAACAAGAAUGUCGUCUCCUGGAGCGCCAUGAUCGGCUGUUACGCGAGGAACGAGAGAGCCUUCGAUGGUCUGCGGCUCUUCCAGGAGAUGCUGCUGGUGCCGGCGGAGAACGCUCCCAACGCCGUCACCAUGGUCAGCACACUCCAGGCCUGCGCGAGCCUGGCGGCGCUGGAGCAGGGGAGGAUGCUCCAUGGCUACCUCCUCCGCCGGCGGCUCGACGUGAUCCUCCCCGUGACUAACGCUCUCAUCGCCAUGUACGCCAAGUGCGGUCGGCUGGAGGCCGGCCGCCGCGUCUUCGCCGGCGCCGGCGGCCGGCGGGACGUCGUCUCCUGGAACUCCCUCAUCUCCGGCUACGGUAUGCACGGCCACGGCGAGGACGCCGUCUGCACCUUCGAGGACAUGAUCGCCGCCGGCGUGCGGCCCACGGCCAUCACCUUCGUCGCCCUCCUCGGCGCCUGCAGCCACGCCGGGCUUGUCCAUGCUGCGCAGCAGUUCUUUGUCUCCAUGGGCAGAGACCACGCCGUGGUCCCGCGGGCGGAGCACUACGCCUGCAUGGUCGACCUCCUCGGCCGCGCCGGCCGGCUCGAGGACGCCGCCGCCGUCGUGGAAGGCAUGCGCAUCGAGCCGGGCCCCACGGUGUGGGGCGCCCUGCUCGGCGCUUGCCGUAUACACGGCGCGGUGGAGCUCGCGGAGAGGGCCUGCAAGCGCCUGUUCGAGCUCGAGCCGAGCAACGCCGGGAACUACGUGCUCCUCGCCGACGUCUACGCCGGCGCCGGCAUGUGGGGGGAGGUGGGCCGGGUGAAGAAGUUGAUGGAGGCGCGGGAGCUGCAGAAGCUGCCGGGGUGCAGCUGGGUCGAGGUGAGGCGGCGGAUGUACGCCUUCACGGCGGCGGAGGAGGCGGCGCCGCUGGCGGAGCAGCUCCUGGCGCUGCUGUGCAAACUGGUGGCGGAGAUGAAGGAGGAAGGGUACGUGCCGGACACGAGGUUCGUGUUGUACGAUCUGGGGCAGGAGGAGAAGGAGCGGAUCCUGCUGGGGCACAGCGAGAAGCUGGCCUUGGCCUUCGGGCUCAUCAACUCCGGCGCCGGCGAGGUCAUCCGCAUCACCAAGAACCUGCGGCUCUGCGAGGACUGUCACUCGGUCACCAAGUUCGUUUCCAAGUUCGCCAACAGGGAGAUCCUCGUCAGGGACGUGAAUCGCUUCCACCAUUUCCGCGACGGCCGGUGCUCCUGCGGCGACUACUGGUGA